UCUUUCUUCAAUCGACCAAUUGUCUGAGCGCCAAAAAAUCCACGCGAUCCCAUCUGCUGUAUCCCAUCUUGUCUUGUCUUGUCUUGUCUUGUCUUGUCCCAUUAUUAUUUCAUUUCAAUUCCAAUUCCAAUUCUCAUUCCCAUUCCCAUUCCCAUUCCUUCCCAUUAUUAUUGCAUCUCAUCCCACAUCUUCUAUCCCAAGCUUUUUUCUCAGCAUUUUAAGGGUUUCAAAGGGCUUGAAAAGGUUCCACCAAAACCUCCCCCAUAUCCCAGCACUACAGACAUAUAGCGGUUCAAUAGCUGAACCCAAUUCUUCAAUCAAUUCAUUCCAUCCAUAGAGACGCGGGACGAGACCACACUCCCAUCCAUCACUCUCCCUAUCCCGAUACACAUUAUACCACUGCACCAUCCUCCAUCCUUCUACUCCUUCUUUCAUUCUCAUCCUAUUACAUCUCAUCUUUGUCAUCCCAUCAUUCGAGACAUUUAUUACCACUCAAUUACUUCAUACCACCUUUCAAUUCCUACCAAAGAAUUUGGAAAAAGACACAACAUAUAAAUUAUCGCUCAUUUUCCCCUGUAUACCGGUACAUUGGUUCCGAGCGCACGAGGUGGACGAUCGAUUGAAGUUUAAUCCGAGUGAUACUACUGUACACAAAAGUAAGAAGGGAUUCUAUAAGGAGAUUAAGACGCCACUUUUGAAGAAUUUGGGGAAAAAAAUGAUUUAAACUAUCAUUCGAUUGAUGGAGUAUUAAUUGAUGGGAGGCUUUCGACAUUUCAGCCCCUCGAUUUCUUCAUUGACAUUUCUUUCAAUAUUACUUGAUCCCAAGGAAUAAGUCAAUCAAUCCAUAAAUCAAUAAUAAAUUCAACAGAUCGACAAGAAGGAUCUUAGAAAGAAUCCUCGCAACAAUGAGUUCUUCAGCCCAAGGAACACCGGCAGUCCCGGUUAAUGAGAAAAAGAAAGGAUUAAGUCGAGUUUUAGGGAGGAUGAAGACGGUUUUAAAAAGAAGUGAUGGAUCAAAGAGAUUAUCUUUUACUUCAAAGCCUUCAACUACAGCAGGACCAAGGUAAGGAAAAGGAAUUAUACUUUUAUGAGGUCGCAUUGAUUAAUAGUUUAAUUCUUUAGUGCUUCCAAGACUACGGCACCAACACCAGCACCAACACUAAAACCAACACCAACACCAACACCAACACCAACACCAAAACCAACAUCAACAUCAAAAUCUACACCAGCGCCAAAAGCACAACCAUUAAAGGAUACACCCGCUCCCGCCGUCGAAACCAAAAAGGUUACCGCUACUCUUAGCCCUCGUUCACCUCAACCUAUCAAAGUAUCCCGAGCCGAAAUCAAUGCCGAACGAGCGAGAAAAUUAGGUGAACGAUUUCAAUUAAAUAUUGAACCUCAUGAAUGGCAAACACUUGCUGGAGAAAAAGAUGCUUGGAGAAUCGAAAAACCUAUUCGAAUGAGAAUUCAUCGUACUUGUCAUAGAUGUGAUACGACAUAUGGUGCCAAUAAGAUUUGUGCAAAUUGUCAACAUCCAAGAUGUACAAAGUGUCCUAGGUAUCCUUUGAAGAAGAAAGAAAAGGGGAAGACGACUAUUGCACCCAUUGGACCAAUUCCGGUUGAUAUGGAAAAACAAUGGAUACCAACUGAGAAAUUGAUUUUGACAUUACCGAGUCAAAAAGUUGGUGGUCAACCUUUGGUUAGAAAGAAACCUAUGCAAAGGAUUAGAAGAACUUGUCAUGAAUGUUCUUCUAUUUUCCAAGCUGGAACUAAAAUUUGCCAAUCUUGUUCUCAUACUCGUUGUGCUGAUUGUCCUCGAAAUCCGUAAGUUUCCUUCCUUUUUUUCUUCUUUGAGAUAUAUCUUAACAACUCCCAAACUAACAUCCCCUUCUUUAUUAGACCCAAGAAAAAUAAAUAUCCCGAUGGUUACCCAGGUGAUCAACCUUCCUCCAUGGUCAAAAAAUUCGCAUGUCAUAAAUGUGAUAAAACUUUCCCUAUUCUAGAAUCCUCCUUGGAUUUGGUGUCUCCGACUCAAGAAUGUCGUCGUUGUAAACAUAUUCGUUGUGAUAUGUGUAAGAUAGCUCUUCCUAGGAAAGUUAUCCCCGAACCGGAUCCUGAGGUGUUGAGAAGGGUGGAGGAGAAAUUAAGGGCUUUUUCUAUUGGGGCUCCGGUUGUUACUGAUGUGAUUGUUGAUGAUGUGAUUGUUUGAUGGAUGGGCUGGGUGGGAUGGAAGUUUGGGAAGUUUGGGAAGUUUGUGGUGUGUUUUGUGGGAUGGAGAUGGAGAUGAAGAUUAAGAUGGAGAGGAAUGGGAAUAGGAGUAGGAAUAUGAAUAGGAACCGGAUCGAGAAGAAUGAAAGGGGAGUAGAAGGAUAAUGAAUGAAUGAAUAAGAAAAGAAAAAGAAAAAUAUCUCGAAUAUUAUACUUUGAAUUUAAA